AUGCCCGUCUUAUCAUACGGGUUGAAUGUUACCAAGAAGCCUCCAUUAGGUCAAAGACCACCUCCUGCAAAGCGAAAAACGAUCUUCGAUGAUGACUCUGGGCCUGAAGAUGGCCCUGACGAAGAGGAGACGUCGGAAUCGAUAUCCACGAUAGGCGGGCUUCAAACGUCAAGACGCCCUGAGUCCUCAACAAAGUCGAAGCCUUCAAACACUACACCCUCCAACUCCACCUCGAAAGCAUUUAAGGCCCCAAAUAUUUCUCAAUUCGGGGAUCUGUCAAGCAGGCAUACCACCAAGCAGCACUCCAAGCAAGCGCAGGAGAUCGAUCCCUCAAUCUACGAUUAUGACGCAGCCUAUGAUUCUAUCCAUGCCACAUACAAUACCCUUAACGAUGCCGAGACCACCAAAGCUGAUCUAGAGAAGAAACCUAAAUAUAUGUCCGACCUUCUUGCAGCAGCGGAGGUCCGCAAACGCGACCAGCUGCGGGCUCAGGAGAAGAUGCUCGCCAAGGAACGCGAGGCGGAAGGAGACGAAUUUGCUGAUAAAGAAAAAUUCGUGACAGGGGCAUACAAGCGACAGCAGGAGGAGAUGCGUCAAUUGGAAGAAGAGGAGAAGUCAAGAGAGCAAGAAACAGAGGCACGUAAGAAGAGGGAAGGUGGCGGGAUGAAGGCCUUUUACAAGGAUUUACUUGGUCGAGAUGAUGAGAGACAUGCUCAAGUCAUGAAAGCCGUAGAGGAGGGGAAGGGCAAACAAAUUGGCCUUGAGGAUGAGACCAAGAAACAGGCAAAGAGUGAGACUGACGCGGCGCGAGAGAGGGGUGCCGCACUGAACGAGGAGGGCGAGAUUGUCGACAAAAGGCAACUACUAGGCGCUGGUCUCAACCCAGGUGGGGCCAAAAAGACCAGCCCUGCGGCGCAACGAGCGAGACCUGGCAACAGAAAUGCGGGUGGAAGAGGGGGCAAUCCAAGAGAAAGUGAGUCGAGAGCUUUUGAAGAGCAACUACUCGGAAAGCGAUCGCCGUCGCCAGAAGACAAAGACCGUGAGGGCAGAGCAGCCAAGAGCAGAAAGAUGGAGGAUGAAUUGCUGGCUAUGAUGGGAAGCCCAUGA